AUGGCGGACUGGAGCGUGGAGCAAGACCGAAUCGCUGUGCUAGAGCGUUCGAUAGAGGAGCUCGAGGGGAGCGGCAGCGUCCAGUCACAAGACAGGCUGCAGCUCCUGGAAACGAGGCUCAAUCGUAUGGACUCAAGCUCCACCAUGGUUGUUUCGACCACCCCCCCUAUGUUCCAGGUCGAUGGGGAAAGGCCUUCUUGGAUGAGUCUGUGGCCAGCACCAGUGACAAGAACAGGCGGCAGUCAGAGGUCACCGGCUAAGAUCUGCCGCCUGCCUCGAGUGGAAGACUGCAACCCUGCCGUCGAGAGCUCUCCCAGCACAGAGCCCGGCUACUCAGCUCAGGCUUCGACCAAACCUCAACCGGCUGCCGAAAGCCCAUCUCGCGUCUUGAUGUCGAGGGCAGAGAAGAGGAUGGAGAGCCCGGCCAGAUCAAUGGCAAACUUGUCGCCAGAGUCACCCCAACCUCCCUCGGGCUUUGCUCAAGAGAAAGGGACUUCGAAGAUCCUCCGUCAGGUUACAGGGAAGGUCCCGCCAGCUCAGUCUCUCCAUUCAACAUCUUCGGAGGUUCGACCGGCUGAGUUGAGCAUUCUGGAGCAGGUGGAGAUGGAGUCAGUAUCGAAUGGAGACAGGUUCAGGAACGCAAAUUUCCAUCAGAUCCGAGAAAAGUUCGAGCAAGUCUAUCCUUUGAACGGGAAUGAAAACUUCACCUUCACAGACUCAACCCACCAUGAGUUUGUUCAGGGGAGCGAUUUCAUCUACCAAGGUGCGGUCUACUCGAUGCCGAAGAACGACUACAGCCCGCAGCGGAAGGAGGAAGAGCGUGAAGGCCAUGUCCACACGAACGUCUCCCACGGAAAUUUCUCCUGGUCGAAGCUGGAGAAGAGCGGACUGCCGGAUACAUUCUCAACGUUGAGAGAAGAAGAUCGACGCAGUUCGACUCCCUUUGUCAUGACCCUCGAACAGGACUAUGACAAUUUCAUUCCAGAAUCCGAGAGAGAUCUGAGGAUCCUCAAGAAGAAGAUUUCUUUCAUGAUCGCCAACGCCCUCGGAAUUGAGUCAGACAGAAUGAUCGCACUGGCUAGAGUUGAGAUCGUCGAGUUUGUUUCCGGCUCAGUGGAAGUCAAAGGAGUUCUUUACCACGCUGUCAGCGAUGUCAAGGGUGAAGAGGCCCAGCUGCAGCUCGAGAGGCUGAGGUCGCUGAUCGAUCUGAGGUCGACGACCCUCUCGUCGCAUCUCAACGCAGUCUCCAUCUCCUUCACCAGCAGUACCCCCUACUAUCCCUUCAGGGACAACGUGCCCUCCGAACCAUACGCGAGGCCUCAGGAUCCUCCUCCACGCUCUCCGGUCGGCCCUCCUGGAGUCAAAGAGUCGCAGAGGCCGCAGGGCCUGCUGGAAGUCUUCAUCCUCCGAGCCUCUGCCCUCCCCACCCAAGAAUGGACCAAGGCUGUCUGCGUCGUUGAGCUCGAGUCCAGCUCGAGGGCCCAGGGGUUUGACAAGUGGAGGAGCGGCAAGCUGGGAGACAACCGUCGGUCUGAAAUUCUCUCCUCCCUCGACGCCUUCAUCAGUCAGCGGUACCAGAGGCUCCACGGGACCAACGACGGUGAAGCACUCCUGUCCUCGCUCCUCCCCUUGCUAUGCUCACAAGAGCCCAGGGAGCCUCCUGCAUGGAUGGCGGGCCGGCACGACGACUCGGACUUUCACUGGCAGGACGUGGCAGGUCACCAGACGUUCCGCACCUGCGUGAGAGGAGGAGACGCGAGCCCCAAGUGGAGCAGCGCGUGCAGGUUUGCCGUGCUGGGCAAGCGAACCGACCGGCUCCGCCUGCAGGUCCUGCACCUCGGGUCAGCUGGAUCCGAGCUGGUAGGGAUGGUGACGAUCGAGGCUCGAGAGUGGAGGGAGGAAGGAGGGGGGAAGGAGAAGCAGGAGGAGGCAGAGACAGCACCUGAAGUUCUCACGUUCCACGAUGGUCUGAAGAGGAACGAGCGGGUCGUUUGCAAGGCAUAUCCCCUCCGGAGCAUCACAGGCGAGAGGAUUGAGGAUGGGAGCGGAAAGGAGAGCAUCCUCUACGUGGGGCUGAGGUGGACGGAGGAGGUGAGCAAGCAGCUGGUCCCUUGCGAGGGGACGCUGCAGGAGCUGGUUAAGGGGGAAGGGAAGGAGGCGAUGGCGUGGAGGAUGAGGUUCUACCAGCUCGAUCCCUUCACGCAGGUCCUGUGGAGGAGGGACGGAGAGCAGAGCGAGCAGCUCAAGAUCCGAAAUGCUGAGAUCAAGAGCGGCGGCAGGAGGGACGACAAGCUUCUCUUCGAGAUCUGCACGCGGAGCUCGUCCGUCAAGCUCGGGGCCGAGACGGAGGAGGACAGAACUCGGUGGGUUGAGAGUCUGCGAGCGAGCUCGGGGCUGCCGUACAGGAGCCGCGGGCUGAGGAACUUCAUGCUCGCCCUUGCUCUCCUCGUCCUUCUCCUCGCCGGGGGCGGCGUCGGGAUCGGGAUCGUCGCAUGGAAGAACGCGCAUCGGCCUCAGGUCCCUUCCUACAUGCGAUGGGAGAGCUGUAAAGGCGGCGACUGCGAGGCCUGCGCUUGUUUCCAGCGCUGCUUGUUCGGCAGCACCCUCGGCCUUCAGGCGUCUCUUGGUACCGCUCCCCACAACUGCUCCUCCUCCUGCUCCUGCUCGCUGCGAGCGCCGUACAGCGGGUGCGGCAACGGAGUGCUGCAGGCAAGGAGCACGGUGAGGUGGUUCGGGGAGGACGUCUUCUUCACGGAGGAGUGCGAUGACGGGAACGUGGUGAGCGGAGACGGAUGCAGCAGCAGCUGCAAGAUCGAGAGCUUCAUGAAGACGGAGGCGUACGGGUUGCGGGUGGCAGGAGCAUCGGCAGCAGCCAAGUCUCUGUGCGGCCGCAACAACCACACGCUGAGUGUGUGCGAGGAAGCGUGCUUGAGGUCCAGCAGCUGCGGGUGCAUGUGGUUCGGAGACGGCUACUGCCACCUCUACGCUGCCUGCAAUACAUCCCGCAUCCCCGCACUCUCUGACAUCGAGGGAACUUGGGACGAGGUCGAGUUUCAGUGUGGCCUCAACAACUUCGUGGUGGACCAGCAGCGCGUGGAGAUCAGGAGCGAGGUCGCGCUGUUCGGCUACAGCUCCCUCUCCUCCGACCAGCUCCAGACUUUCAAGCAGAGUUUCAGUCAGUACUGCUCAGCUCCUUGUAGGAUCACCGUCCUCUCAGUCACUGCCGGCGCCACCACUGUCGUGCGCCGGGAGCAGCAGGCGCGUCAGGCGACCUCGGACAAGCUCGUUGUCGUGGCCUUCAAGUUCACGGCCUCUGCCUCCUCCUCCUCCUCUCUGGUGACCUCUCUGACCUCCUACCUCAACCUCGGAGACAGUGGCUUGCUUGGCUCCCUCAAGCAGCUCGGCCUCUCGAGCCUCACCGGCGUCACGGUCAGACCAGCUGGACUCCCCCAGCUCUUUCCCAGCCCGGCGCCUCCCAACUCGACGGGGACUCUCUACAAGAAGGAGCCGUAUCACUGCACCACCCACAACCUGGUGGGGGAGAAUCAAUAUGACAACACGAGCCUCUGCUGCGGCAACCGAUCUGAGGUUUGUCAGCCCGUUGGUCGAUGCUACGUCUCCCUCGAAAGAAACUUUGAGUGCGUUCCCAACGCCCUUCCCUAUCAGCCAACAGCUCCUUUCAUCGAGGGCAACUCGCAGUGGGAUGGUCAGCCUUUCUUCUCUCCCGGCGCCUCCACCUCAGUCUGCGUCACUCGGCUGACCAACUUCAUCCCCUGGUACUUCAGAGUCUCAGCGAGGAACAAGCUCGGCUACGGCUCCUUCUCCUCCCUCACCCGAGACAGCAUGCCUUGGGUCGCUGCCUCCGAUCCUCCCACCUCCCUCAUCGCUCAUGCCGGCAACCGCCAAGUCUGGCUCUCCUGGACGGCUCCUGCCUUCGAUGGCGGGCGACCCAUCGCGAGCUACGCGGUGGAGAUCGCGCACGACCUGGACUCUUCGCUCCUCUGCGGGGACCCUCACGGCUGCUCCAGCACUUCCGUGCCCUGGGGCAGGAAAGAUCCUCGUCCUGUCGCUGCUUCUUUCACAUGGCAGCAGGUCCCCUCGGAGGGUCUUGCCUAUGGUUCGGUCCCCCCCGACAGAACUUACCCCAUCUCCUCCUCCUCUCCGCAGCAGGACUCCCUCCUGGUCAAGACGCGAGCGGAGGACGUGCCGAACUGCCAUCUCCCUCCUCCUCCUGUCGUCCUGACGACCUUCCUAGUCAAGACUGAUGCUCAGGGGAACCCACUGAUGAACAACUACAAGUAUCACUUCCGGAUUAGAGCAUACAACAACUUCCAGCUAUCUCUUCCCAGCACCAACCUCUCCCUCUUCCCCGUCGGCCGCGUCCCCUACCAGGUCCAGGGCUUCAACGCCUCCUGCUACGAGUCGCGGGAGUGGACCAGCUGCACCGUCGGGUACUCAGGGGACACGCGCAUCCCCAUCACCUGGAACCCUCCCGCCGACGACGGAGGGAUGGACGUGACAGGCUACCACGUCGAGUACUCGCUCGAUGCAGGCGCGACAUGGACGGAGCACGUGGCGCAGUCGAAGCAGGAUGCAAGGACGACCUCGUACAUGCUACCCUGCAUGCUGAACGACAAACCCUACCUCCUCCGCGUCAGAGCCAUCAACCUGUAUGGGGAAGGAGACCCGUCGGUCAUCGGGCCCGUCACUCCCCGCUGGUGUCCCCACAUGCAGGCCUGCGGGGUGUGUCUCGAGCCCAACUACGAGCUUUGGGGAGGCUGCUCGCUCCCUGCCUGCUCGUCAGCGAGGUCUGGAUUGAACACCCGCUUCAUCAACUGCACUGGAGGAGGAUGCAGGGUGGAGGUGCUCCAUGCAGGCGUGUGGGGAGGCGUGUCUGGUUUCUUCACCAACAGCAGCGGGGACGUUGCCUGUCACUCCCUCGGGCUCAGGCCGAGGCCUCAAGUUUGUGGGGGCCCCACCUGUGGGUCUGUCCAGCUCAGCUCCAGCUUCACUCACAAGAAGAUCUGGCUGACGAACCUGUCCUGCUCUGGCUCCGAGGCCUCCCUCCUCGAUUGCCCUUCCAACGUCACCAUGGGCAACGUCACCGUCAGCGAGGUCGGAGAUGAAAAGUUCGCGCUCUCCACGCAGGAGGGAAGCAGCUUCGAGGUAUGCUGCUGGGACACCUCCGAGCUCUUCUCUACCAUCAGCGUCCUUGACAGGCAGGGGGAGGAGCAGCAGCCAGACUUCUGCUGCCAAGUCGUGGGCUCCGACUGCCUCCCCGCAGGACGAUGCUACUUCUCGAGCGAGCAGGGAGGGGCGUGCGUGUAUGCUCGAGGGCCCUAUCCUCCUCCCCUCGUGCAGGCGCUGCCCUGUGACAACGUCAAUCUCUUGUGCGACGAGAAGGCGAACGUGGCCUGGGUGGCCCCUGAGGACACGGGAGGCUCUCCGAUCACGGACUACAUCAUCUACGCCGCCUCUCCCCUCCCCAAUGGCACCUACGAGGUUAAGGUAGCCCGCACAGGCUCCCUCAGCACCAACUACACGGUCGUGCCCGGCCUCGUCAACUUCGUCCCCUGGUUCUUCAAGGUCAGCGCCAUCAGCAGGCUGGGCUACUUCGCUGGUUACGGACGGCAGAAGGUCCCGGUCCUCUCCGCUCCCUCCCCUGCCUUCGUCCCCUUCGUCCAGGAGCCUCUCCAGCCCGUCAACGGCAGAGCUCAGGCCGGGAACCGGCAGGUCUGGCUGGCCUGGGACCCUCCCUUGUGGAACGGGGGGCGAGCGAUCUCAGGGUACACGCUGGAGAUCCUAACGGCUGACGGGACAUGGACAGACAAGAUCCCCGGGCUCACUAACGGUGCUCCUCCUGACGGUCAGUAUCCCAUCGCGGCACAGACGAGGUCGGUGGCCGCUCUCAGCUCUACCCAACGACGCCUCCUCCUCUCUCAGACUUCAAACCUGGACCCUCUCUCCUCCACCUUCCACGUCACCAAAGAUGCCUCGGGGGCUGAGCUCGCCAACGCUGCGAGCUACUCCUUCCGCCUGCUCGCGUACAGCACGUUCAACUCUUCCCUCCCCAGCGCCGUCAUCAUCGUCGACCCUGUUGGCACCGUCGCCUCCUCCCCUCUCAACUUCACUGCUGAUUGUUACGAGGACGCGGGCAGGGGAGCUGCGAGCACGUGCACUACAGGGAGAGCGGAGGACACGAGGGUCACCAUGCGGUGGUCGGAGUCCUCAUACAACGGAGACAUCAGCAUUCUGAAUUACACGCUCGAGUACUCCACAGACGGAGGGACGACAUGGACAGGAGCAGUGCAGUUAGCUGUCACGAGCUCCGGGAGCUACACGUAUGUCUACGAGGGCCUUACAAACGACCAGGCGUACAUGUUCCGAGUCAGAGCUGUCAACUUCUACGGCUUCAGCGCCCCAGCUGUGAUCGGUCCGCUGACCCCCAAGUACUGCCCCAACCUGGUGGAGUGCGGGGUGUGUGUGCUGGCAGCGUACAGCGUGUGGGGAGGCUGCACCAUGCCUUCCUGCAUCCUGCAGGACACGGAAGGUCGCAGGCUUGAGAUUCUUCACGACUCUAAGUGGGGCACCAUCACCGGCGCCACCUCGCAAGGGACUGGCCUCGUAGCCUGCAAUGCCCUGGGCUUGAGGGGGCGACCCAGCACUUGCUACGCUCCAGAUGGAGUAUGCGGGGCCAUCACCACCCCCGCCACGUUCCCACCUGACGAUGGCGUCAUCGUGGUGUGGCUUGGGUCCGUCAGCUGCGUGGGGACCGAGGCGAAGGUACAUGACUGCAGUGCUCGCACGUUGCCUGGGGGGUCGAAAUGGACGGAUGCUUUCUACAAGCUUCACUCAGACCAGCAAGACAAGGGGAUCUGCUGUUGGCCUCCUCUACCUUAG